AUGAUGAGGGAGACUGUCGACGCCACACGUGAGCACUGCCCCAAUUCCAACAAGGCUGUAUGCAGUGAAAUAGCUAAAUCCAUUGUAACGCAGUACCCAAAGACUUUUGGAGGCCUGACCGAGGAAGGAGAACUACUUGGCAGUGGGUACCACUCCCUGUUCACUAAGAUUAAGACCAGAGUAGAGCAUACAAAUCGGAACCGCACUUUAAAUAGAAUCAGUAGACCCAAGAGGAGCAAUGAAGAGGAAGGGACAUCAGAGGCUGGGGAAAACAACAAGAACCAAGGUCGACAGUUAUAGCUGCAUCAACUGGCAACCACAGGACCUUCCAGAGAAAGAAACCCCAGACUCCCUGGAAAACAAGAGACAGGCGAUGGUGACCAUUUUCAGCUGUGUGGGCCCUGCGGUGCAGACAAGAGGGAAGUGGAUUACCUGAUGAAGCUGACAUACACUUAUCAAUGCCACAUGAUCAACACUUGUCCUCCUCCAAUCAUCAGUGACCUCCAGGAACAGUGGCCUUUCCUUUUCACCAAGUUAUGACUCUGCCACCACUUCAAUACCCUCACUGGCAUCGAGAUUGACAGUCGCCUGACUCAAGCUCUCCUCAACAAGGGUAAGAAAAUUGUGAACUUUUUUAAAAGCCAAAAGACCAAGUGGAGGAGAGAAAUCCAGUGCCUGCUGAAUGAAAUUGACGGUUACAUCAGAGGCAAUAACGAUCUAACAGCCACAGCUGCCAUUAUUUUGUUGAUGACCCACUUCAAAGAGAAGGACGAAUCUCUGUUCCUCUUGGCAGAUGUAAGGAAUAGUGUUUUUAUACUUAUAAAGUUUAUAUAUGAUUAAUGGUGUUUAUACUGUACUAUUACACAUGAUUUUGUGAUUUUAGGUCACUGCAACUCGGGUUGAUGUCGAGGCCCAAAUUCCUUUGCCAGACACACCAAGGCUGAUCAUGCUUGGUAAUACAACUAUUUGAUUUAAGGUGGAACAGAAAUAUAUAGUAUUGUGGUACCUAUCUACAGAUAUCUAGUAAGUAUACACUAACACCCUUACUUUUGUGUAUUUCAGGAAAUACUCUAUUGGGUUCCUCAAAAGGGAUGGUGUCGAUCGAGGGGAGAGUG